AUGCAAGCUGCAGGAGGUUGUACCCUUCCAAAGGAUGUCCAGAGGCUCGUUGAAGAUGUUGAAGAGUACCUGGACGGACUGCAGAAAGAAAACCUUAGUGCUACAGCAAUGGCGCAAAGGGAUGAAAUCUCUUUUGAUAUCGAGCAACUUAGAGAGAGGUACCACUGGGAAUUCCUGCCUGGAGGGGUUUCAACCGAGCUUUACUCAACACAAGUUGGUUCUGAUGACAGCCAGACCAGAAAUUUCACACACCCUGUACCAUCAGAGGCUUCCUUCAUACCUAGCUAUGCUGAAAAGGCUGUGAACAAUACACAGAAGGCCUCUCAAGAUCAAGGAGUUAUUCUGAAGCAAGGAUACUUGGAAAAGAGAUCCAAAGACCCCAAAAUCUUUGGCUCUGAGUGGCAGAAGCGAUGGUGCAUCCUCGACAAUACAACCUUCUACUACUAUGCAAAUGAGAAAAGCAAACAACCAAAAGGCAUGUUCGCCAUCGAGAACUAUCAUGCCCGGCUAGCUUCCCACCUGCGCAAGGAUUCUCGAAGAGAUUGCUGUUUUGAGCUGGCCUGUCCCGGUAAACGUACCUAUGAGUUCACAGCUGUUAACCCUUCAGAAGCCAUGGACUGGGUGGAUCAGAUUCUAUUCCUGAUGAAAGAUAUGAAGUCCUUUGAUAUUCCCUGUGAGGAGGAAGAAGAUGAGGACAACAAGAGUGACAAAGAAGAUGCCUACGAUGACAUAGACAGUUUUGAUUCCCCCAGUGCAGCAGUUCAUCAGGAUACCACUUUGGACCUGGAGGGAGAGGAAACUGGAGAGGAGAGUGAAGAAUGCAUUUAUGAAAUUCUUCCAGAUGAGGAUCUUGACUUUCCUGCUCCAGACAACAGAGAAGAUGCUGGAAAUCUAGGGAAGACAGAAGGAUUCAUAAGACAUUAUGCAAAUUACUAUCAAGGUCUGUGGGACUGUACUAGUGGCCACCAAGAUGAAUUAUCCUUCCAGCGGGGAGAUUUAAUAUACAUCAUCAGCAAGGAAUACAACAUGUAUGGCUGGUGGAUCGGAGAGCUGAACAGCAUUGUGGGGAUUGUCCCAAAGGAUUAUCUUAUGCCUGCCUACGACGUGGAAGAAAGAUGAACAGCAGAUAACAUGGGUCUCAUCACUUCCCAUCUCUUUGCUUUGCUGACGCAACAGAAAUCCUUCUCAGCACCCUCUUUGCUAUUCUGAAGAAAAAGACACCUUCUCCACCAUUUGUUUAGAUCUUUUUACACUGAAAUGUGGUACUUCACAUCCUAGACUUUGCCUCCAGUACUUUUCCCAUGGGGCGCAUGCCCUGGUUCCAGACUGCUGUUCACUCUAAGGGGGCGCUGGCAUUCUGUGUACUUCGGGAGAAUUGCUCUGCUAGUUUGGUGAUGGUUUACAGUUACUUAUUUUUGCAGAACACUCAAGA